AUGAAGGAACACCUGAUUGUCAGAACUGUCGGAAAUCCAGCAGGAUAUGUAAGCGCGGUGUACGCCUUAAUUUUAUUGACAUCCAGACCGAGCAACCUCCCGUGGUUCCGAUAUCACACGAAUGGAAGGUGCAUUUUCAGGACGAGUCGAGGGACAUUGCUUCUGACCUUCGCUCGUGUGACUCCGCCAAAACCUACAAGAAACUCACCCCCUACCCCCCGACAAACGGCAACUGUUACAACCGUUACAUCGGCCCCCGCUCCUCACCCCACUCUCCCGCCGAUUCUCCCGCUUCUGCCAACCCCAGUGCACACAGGAGAACCUGCCAAUAAUUUUGAGGAUGUGAAGCCGCAUCAUAGGCAGGGGUAUCCUGCAUAUGCUCCUCCCCCACCUCCGCCUCCACCUCCGCCAUCAUCUACUAUAAAUUCGGACCAUACAAUGUCUCCACCCCCACCACCGAAAGAGGUGCGGAAUUAUCUGAGUAGUGCUGAGGAAACUCUGUUUAUGCAGGUUUUUGUCGAAGAAGUUGGAAUAUGGAUGGACAGCAUGGAUCCAUACAAACAUUUUUCACGUUUAUUGCCAUUUUCUUCUUUGAACGAGCCAAUGCUUCUCAAUGCCUUCUUGGCUUGCGGGGCCCGUCAUCUGACGCUUGUCAACCCUGCUUAUCACGAAGACAAGGCCCUACAUUACUACGAUACAGCUACACGACUUCUUUUGGCUUCUUUACAGAAUCCUAACCGCGAUACCGAGAUGUGCGCAACCACAGCGGUUAUCCUUAAUGUUUAUGAGAUUAUGUCUGAACGAGCGCUUCAACGCAUGAACCAUAUUGCGGGUGCCCGGGCGCUUCUGAAGGAGUGCAGGUGGAGCGCAAGGACAGGGGGCGUAGGGGGUGCCUGUUUUUGGUUGAACGUGAGCAUGGAAUUGCUCAGUUGCUUGCACUUCAAUUGGGCAGUGGCCUGGGAGCCAGAUGAGUGGGGGGUGGACAUGGACUUUAACCGAUACUGUGAGCCAGGAAGGGAAGAACUAUGGGCGUAUCGGAUUAUUUACGUCCUAGCAAAGAUUGCCAAUUUCAGGGCUGCCCUCCCCAAACAGCAGCAAGAAGCCAAAACUGUUACCGAGCAGAUGUACUUGAACAGCGAGACACAAAAGCGCUGCGAGGAGUGGAAGCGCCUUCGGGAUCUUUGCGUUGCUUGGAAUGACCACAUACCUCGCAGUAUGCACCCUAUGGCAUACCUGCACUCUUACCGGACAACCACGGGGUCCGCUUUUCCUGAGGUUUGGCUUGUUAAGAGGUGCGCCAUCGUGGCUCGCCUGUUCUACCAUACCGCCAUGGUUUUGUUGGCUCAGAUGAAUCCCUUCAUGCCAAGAGAGUCGGAUGAGAUGCGCAAUAUGGAGAUGACUAAUUCUCACUUAAUCUGCGGAAUUGCGGCCCAUGUUAAAGACAGGGGGGUUGCGAGCGUUGCCUUGAGAUCGCUUGCAAUCGCAGCCGAGUGCCUCACUGUUCGUCGGGAGCAAGAAGAGGUUCUCGAAAUCUUCACCAAAAUUAAGAAGGAAACUGGAUGGAGGGUCAAUUUCGUGUACAAAGAACUUAAAGAAAAGUGGGGAUGGGAGGCGCCUGAUCCUCCACCGCAGCCGUCGUCACUUUUGCAAUCGUCGACCAUGAUGCAUCAAAGCCCAACCCCGUCGAAUCAGUUCGCCCAAUAUCAGCGACAGCAGCAGCAGCACCAACAUCAACACCAACAGCAGCAGCAGCACCAACAGCAGCAGCAUCACCAGCAGCAAGCUCAGCAGCAGCAGCAAGCUCAAGUGCGCCGACUGCCACAGUUGGUAAAUCCACUGAUGGCUGUUUCAGACUACACGUCUAAUUCACAUCCCUAUCAUCCCCACUAUGUAUCUGCUCCUCCCCAGGUCGAGCGUCAUCAUUAUAUAUGAUCAGGACCUGGGCGAUGUUGACGACGAAUGAUAUUUCCUUUUCAAUUUUAGAUGGCUUUGUGCUUAUUCUUGGCUGCAUUAUUUUGUCUUUCUUUUGCUCGGAAAAAGCAAUUCUUAAUUGAUUCGGGUCUAUUUCCCUCUCUCCAUUCCCUCCUUUCCAGGGACUACCUUUUUGUAAUGUUUCGUGUGCUUUUUUCUCUGCUUUGGGAUCAAUCGCUUUUUGCAUUCGGGGUCUGCGGAUAGGUUUGGCUUUGUGGUGUCUUUGAUAAUCAAUUUUCUCUUUCCUGGGAUCUUUGGCUUUCCCCCAUUCCUAUUCUGUGCUGCAUUAUAUAUUUCUUUGUGUGUUUCUCCCGGGUCUCUUUUCCUUUUUCCUUUUGUUAGUUAUUUUUAAGGCGCUUGUUGCACAGGAGGGUUUGAGUUGAAAACAAAAAGGAGUCUUCUGGCACGCUCAGAAGCUAUUAGACAUCACUUUGGGUCGGCUUCAGUCAUUUUCAUAUUACUAUUAUUAUUUUCUUUUUCCCUUUUGCUCUUUCAUGAUUACUGUGUACGAGUACAGGGUGCCGCUGGGCCUGCCUCUCCUUUUGCAUGGGGUCUGUCUAUUCACCCACUCGUGCAUCCCUUCUUCCCCUUCCCCAUUACUCAUGGAUUCAGCGGAGAAAGGGAAAAGCCUAUCAUACCCCCCCACUCGCGCAACGGGAUGAGAUGGGCAAAUUGCCCGGUCUGGUGAGGUAGGAUAGGAAGGUAUCAUAUCAUACAGUAACGUCAUACAAUAACGGUAACUUGGGGGUCGAGUGUGCAUGUUUUUUAUUUUUACUUAUUUUUCGAUUCUUUUUGUAUUUUUUACAUUAAAUUUUGUUUUCAGUGCUUGCUUGCUUGCACGGUAGGGUGUUUUUUUAUGACUGCGCACCUUAUCUAUCGCGCUCUCCACCCCUCUUCCCCUUUACUGGAAGUUGAGAUUUCAUAAAUGGGCUUUGGGGGUGGGAAGCUUCGGUGUGUAUCCUACCGGUAUUCCUUUCGUGUCCUCUUUUGUAUUAGUAGCCUUUUCUUUUUUUUGCACCUCACCUCAAGUUAGUCCGGGAACGGAAGAUUACCGUGCCACAACCACACGAUAGCACUACUACUCAGUACGAUAGGAGUACUGUACACGUAUUACCGGUAUUGUGCUCCGUUUCCUUUCCUUUGGAUUUUUGUAGCACGGUACUGGUGGGUCGAGACAAGACGAAGUGGAGCGAAGUUACUUGAAGCUGCAUAGUUUGAGUGACGGGUAUUCCACGAUACAAUACAGUGCGAGAGAUUUACCCGUUGGAA